AUGGCUAACAUCUUCGAAUCCACCGCCCCCCAACCCGGCCAACGCGCCACCGAAUCCACCCACCGCAAAAUCGAACUCCAAUCGCCUGCCGAUUUGACCUAUCUGAUCGCGAAUGUCUCCGCCGCCGCGAGAGAGAAGUUGAAUAAACAUUUUCCGCCGGAUGCAGUGCAGGGGGAGGAUGAGUUGAGGGGGAAGGUGGAGGAAUUGGUCGAUGAGUACAUUCGGAACACAUUCAACGGCGCGAAGGAUAGUAUUUUCAUCAACGGCAUGGAUCGCGCGGAAUUGGAAGCUGAGUUGGCGAAAGCGCAGGAGGGAGAAGAACUCGAACCCUUCGACACCCGCCUCGCUCAACGCAUCCAGACUCUCUCCACCCAAGUCGAGCACCAAACCCUCGCACUCGCGAACCUCCGGCGCAAAGCACCACAAGACACGGCGGCGAAAUUUACCGCGAGUUAUGAGAAACAGGUGGAGGAGUAUGAAGGGAAGUGGAAGCUGGAGCAGGAGAGGAGACUGCAGGAAGCGAAGGCGGUGACGGUCGAUGUCGGGAGUGUUGAGAGGGUGGAAGAGGUGGCGGGGACGUGGAGGAAGGGGAAUGAGGGCUUGGAGGAGCUGAAGCGAGGAUUGGGAGGGAGUGUGGCCGGGUUGGAGAAGGCGACUAGGGCGGUUGGGGUGGUGGGGGAGAAGAGGUGA